UCAGAACUCUAUAAGUAAAAGCCAAACUCAAGAAAACAAGAAGCAAAGCUUACAGUGAGCUAAAGAGAGAGACAAUGGUGGAGAGGUCAGAGGAAGUGAAGCUACUCGGGAUGUGGGCAAGUCCUUUCAGCCGUCGGGUUGAAAUAGCUCUCACCCUCAAAGGUGUACCAUACGAGUUCUCCGAGCAAGAUAUCACCAACAAGAGCCCUUUGCUACUCCAAUCAAACCCGGUUCACAAGAUGAUUCCGGUUCUUCUCCAUAACGGUAAACCAAUCUCAGAAUCACUCGUGAUCCUUGAGUACAUCGAUGAUACAUGGCAAAACAAUCCCAUCCUGCCUCAAGAUCCGUACGACAGAGCUAUAGCUCGGUUUUGGGCCAGAUUCCUCGAUGAACAGGUCUAUGUGACGGCGAUGAAAGUGGUGGGGAAGGUCGGAGAGGAAAAAGACGCGGCGGUGGAAGCGACUAGAGAUUUAUUGAAGUUGUUGGAGAAAGAGCUUGUGGGUAAAGACUUUCUCGGUGGGGAAAGCUUGGGGUUCGUGGACAUAGUUGCAACUUUGGUGGCGUUUUGGCUGAUGAGAACCGAAGAGGUCGUUGGAGUCAAGGUUGUUCCGGUGGAGAUGUUCCCAGAGAUUCACAGAUGGGUGAAGAAUCUUUUGGACGUUGAUGUCAUCAAGAAAUGUAUCCCUCCUGAAGAUGAACAUCUCGAUUACAUAAGAGCUCGCAUGGAGAGUCUCAAGCUCAAAUCGGUUUGAUGAUAACGAUUAUAUAUAUAAGUUCAAUAAAUCAAAGAACCUCUUUGUUCUUGUUUGAAUCUUGUUUUGUGUGUUGAGAUAUCAAUAUCAGUUCUUGUGUUGUGUAAGAGUUUUUUUAGAAACUUGUCUGAAUGAGGAAAAGUUUGAGAUUACUUUGU